CUGUCGCCGUGGCAACGCGGCGCUGCUCGCCGGCGGGCGCAGGCGGUCCGGGCUGCAGGUGUCUUGAGAAGCAAUGGCCACAGCAGCUCUGCUGAACUCAGCACCAUCUCAGCUCUGCUUCCCUUUAAGCACAGCAGCCUCUUCCCUGUGGUCAGACACCACCAACAUGCAUGUCACCAGGCCAAAAUCUGCCAAGGGACGCACCAGGUCCAGCUUCAACUACUCUCAGAGCACGGAAGCCUGUCCUUGCCACGUGCCAUCUUCACCACCACCACCAGCUCCUCACCAGCUAGUGAGCAGCCGGAGAGCACUGUUCAGGAAACCAGCAUUCCCGUCCAGCCAGGUGUCUCCCAAGGAGAUCCCAGAGCUCCUGCAGCACGUGCCUUUGAGGACCUCCUCUUCUCUGAACAAGUACAGGGUGCUCCCCUCCAUCGGCUUCAAGGGCACAGGGAGCAGCACUGUGGAAGCAAUAGCUGAACAGAUCGACCAGCUGAAGGUAAGCGGGAAGCAGGAGGACAUUCCAAAAGGCAAAACUCUUUCUGGAAAGCAAGAAUCUGCCAGCAUGUCAUUGGAGAGCUCACACAAACAAUGUCCUCCUGAGAAGCCAGGAGGGAAAAUGAGCCCUUCAGCAUCAACAAUCAAGGGAGGUUCGGAGGAGCUGCCAAAGGAAGAGUCGCACUUGCUGCUUGCUGUUCGCUCGCCCUCUGGGCACAGAUUUGAACAUCAUUUCCAGCCCACUGACAGUCUCCAGACGGUCCUUGCCAUGGCAGAGCAGAAAACAUCAGCCAAAUACAAGCAGUGCAGUGUUGAAACGAUGGAGGUGCCCUGCAGGCGUUUCUCUGACCUGACGAGGUCCCUCCAUGAAUGUGGGAUCAUGCACAAGUCCGUGCUGUGCAUCCGACAGAAGGAGCAGCACAAUGCUGAUCUUUAGGCUCCUGCUGAGUGGGAUGCAUCACUUCAACUGAAAAAUAGAGAGUUUGAUGUUUCCUGGACCUACUUCUUCAUCUUGUCACCUUCCAAACACUCCCUGUGAAGCAGACUUGUGUAUAUGUCUUGAGAUAGUGUUUGAGACAUAUGUACCUGCUACGUCAACAGCACUUUUCUUCAUGUGUGCCAUCACAAAUUGCUUUCUGAGCAUCACCACCUUUGUUCGUUUGAAGUUGCUGAUGUUCUCCUUUGAAGACUGAUGUUUCUAAGAGUUUCCCAUUUCUUCUUUCCUGUAUUUCAGGGAGGUACCACUUCCCACAGUGGAUCUGGAUGCAAAGUACCUAUUUGGGAAGGUAGAAAAGGAACUGGUUUACUCUGGAGGACCAUUUUCAGUAGGUUAUCAUCACCCUCAACAUCUCGAGAGUGACUGAGAUGGAGCUCAAAUCCCCAAACCAUCCAGAAAUAACAGUAACUGUUAAUGGAUGAUGGUGAAGUAUUCAAUAGCAUGAGUGAUGGUGAUACACUUGGGAGGGCUCCGCCUCUUCUGACUAACUUCAGUGAGGGUUUUAGGAGCCUGACUACAUCAUUCUUUUUGGAACAAACAGUUGUUAUUUCGGCUGUGUUGGUGAGCACCUGGAUUUUCCACUUGUUUUCCUUCUCUCCUCCAACUCGUGUGAUUCAUAGGUAAGAAUAGAUGCAUAGUUAUGGUGGGAUGUUAUAAAUACUUCCAUUUAGCCCCUUUACACUGAAGUAUUCCAAGAAAGCAAGUGCUGCUUUGGCAUUUGCCUGAGGACUUACUUGGUUCAUGCAGCAGAGCAGGUUUUACCAAACCACCAUUAAAUAAAGGCUCAUAGGGUGAUUUUGGCAGGUUUUAGAUCAAUACAACUUCCUUUGUGAAAUAAACCAGAUCUUUUAGGUUUCUAAUGGAAUUUCUUAUGGUUCAGAUAAUUCCAUCUACUAGAACAAAAAGCUCAUUUGCCACACAAAUGAGCUGAUUUUCAUGUUUUGAGGUAAACCCAACUGGUUUUUAACCUCAGUGCCAAACCAGUUCAGAGCAGUAGAACCAGAGCAGCCGCAGAAUGGUCAUGCUGGCAUUGACCAAGAGUAUCUUGUUCUAAAGCAAGUGUCCAGUGGCUCUCUGCAAGUGGUACCUGGUGAAAUGGUGUUACCUACUGCUGCAGGUGACUGUGCAGCAGCAAUCCUAGUGUCUUCAGGGGGAGAUCAGGACAUUCAAACAUCCAGGUCCUUUUAGUCAAACCUCAGUGGGGAGCAAAGCAUUUCACUGUGUUACGGGAACUGUUUCAUGUCUCAUUCAGUGCUAGGUGAUUAACUCCCUUCUUCUGGUCUUGUGUGUGUUACUGCUGCAUUUCAGAGUGUUUUCAUGCUGUGUGGUAGUGCAAUCAAUAAAACCUUUUAGGCUGAA